GCAUAUACAGAGGCAGAGCCUAAAAAGCAAAAAGAUUACAGAUUUUGAUUUCUGCUCAAUUUUACUGAAAGCUCAGUGUCACCGCGUCUUUGGCUUCAGCAUCAGCGUAAUGAAGGCGUUCACAAGUUUUUUGCUGCUCACUUUUGGCGUUCUAGCCUGCACAGCCAAGUAUUAUCAUGAGCCUAAUGCACCUAAGCUGCAUAUAACCCUCUACUAUGAAGCACUCUGUCCUUAUUGCAUGGCAUUUGUAACGAAUCAGCUAAGCCCGUCGAUGGUGCUCAAGGAUCGACUGCACUACACGAACCUAACGCUUGUGCCUUAUGGCAAUGCCAAAUUGGACGACAAGGGUGAGCUGACUUGCCAGCACGGCGAGGACGAGUGCGAGCUUAAUGCCUGGCAUGCCUGCAUACUGGAGCACAAUGACAUCAACAUAUCAUUAAAGCUAAUUGCCUGCAUGAUGCGCGGUCGCAAAAAUAAUCUAGACAAGUGCGCCAAGAGAUAUCACAUUGAUGUUACUGCUGUGAAGGACUGCAAGAGCUCGCGCAGCGUGGAUAAUAUAUUAAAAAAAUAUGGCGAAGCGACAGCUGAGGUGGACUUCAGCGGCGUGCCAGCCAUCGCAGUUGAUGAUGAAUAUAAUGCCGAUGAUCAGGAAGAUCUAAUGGCUAUUUUUGACCACACAUUCUGUGCCAAAUACAAAGCCAAGUUUAACAUAACACUUAAUAAUUGUUAACAACGUUAUUUUAGAAACAUUUAUGGUUGCUUAUUACAUAUAUA